AUGGGAAGAGCUACUAUUAAAUCAGGUACGAUCAAUCUACUAAACACAAUCAUUGGUGCUGGUAUACUUGCCAUGCCCUAUGGGCUAAGCACAAAUGGACUUUUAUUUGGGUGUAUAUUGAUUAUAUGUUCAUCUUUUACUUCAUCAUUUGGAUUAUAUUUACAAAACAAAGUUGCCAAGUAUACCGGUCAAAGAGGAUCAGUAUCGUACUUUAGUUUAGCUCAAUUGACGUAUCCUCAAUUUUCAAUUGUGUUUGAUUCGGCAAUAUCGAUAAAAUGCUUUGGUGUUGGUGUAUCUUAUCUUGUUGUAAUUGGCGAUUUAAUGCCCAAGAUUGUGGAGACUAUAGCAGGCAACGAUGCUGCUGCUGGUGCACAUCCUAUAUUGAUGCAUCGAAAUUUUUGGAUUAGCUUGUUUAUGGCAUUCAUUGUUGCUCCUUUGUCGUAUUUAAAGAAAUUAAACAGUUUGAAAUAUACCAGCUUUGUGGCAUUGUUUUCCGUGGGAUACUUAAUUUGCUUAGUGAUUGAAAAGUAUAUUGCCUUACUGAUACAUAAACAGAGUGGUGGCAGUGGUGGUGAAAAUGGGGCUCAUUUGUUUUCUCGACUGAUUAUUCCCGUGCCAGCAGGGAGCAAGAAUGUGGAUUGGAUAGGACCAAAGAGCUGGAGUCUGACAUUGAGUUCUUUCCCAAUGUUUGUGUUUGCUUACACAUGCCAUCAAAACAUGUUUGCCAUUAUAAAUGAAUUAAAACCUGACGCCAAAGAUGGAUCACAAACACGUCAAUCGAAUUUGAUAAUCCGUAACGCCAUUUCCACUGCAUUGGUUAGUUACCUAGUGGUGGGAAUUUUAGGGUACUUGACAUUUGGUAAUGAUGUCAAUGCGAAUAUUAUUUCAAUGUACCCACGUGAAUCUAUCAGUUCCUUGGUUGGUCGGUUAUGCAUUGUGAUUAUGGUUAGUUUAUCUUUCCCCUUGCAAUGCCAUCCAUGCCGAGGAUCUAUAAAUCAUGUAAUACACUUUAUCACUCAUGGCGUGGAUACGUCUAAGGUGAAAAAGAAGACGAGUAAUAUCAGCAAUAUCAGCAGCAACAGCAACAUUAAUCGCAGCAACAGCACUUCCAACAGCAGUAUUGGUAGUAGGACAAUCAAUGGCAAUAGAACUGAAAGUGGCGCAUACACAGCAUUAACUUCUGAUAUCGAGAGUCUUUCAUCUAUAAAUGAUAGCAGUAUAGUGGAUGAGUCAUUCAUAUCCACUACUCCAAUGGAAGGUGCUCAUGAUACUCAGGGCCAUGACCCAAUAGUGGUUCCAUUAACGUCUAAAAAGUUUUACAUUAUAACUUCGGUGAUUGUUGUGGGAAGUUAUCUUGUUGCGAUAUCAGUCACUUCAUUAGCUAAAGUGUUGGCGUUUGUGGGAAGCACAGGUUCAACGUCAAUAUCAUUUAUUCUACCUGGAUUAUUUGGAUAUUUGUUAAUUAAACCAAUCGAACAAGGGCAAGUGGAAUUGACCAAGUUGGAAAAAUUUUGCAAGUAUGGUGGUUUGGUGUUGGCUAUAUGGGGAGUUGGGGUAAUGAUUGUAUGUCUUGGAGCUACGAUAUUUCUUGGAGCAACGCAUUGA